GAGAUUCAACCCUGGGGACUCGUGGAGAGCGUGCAUUUGUUUACAGUUCGAUUACCAAAACGAAAUAUGAAAAACGAUUCAGCCGGUCCAUAUUUUCUUUAAUGUGAUAAAGUUAAAGUUUAAACUACAUUUUCAUCGUAAGUGCGCGUUCAGACAAUGGCCCGCGAAAUCCUAACGCUUCAGCUCGGCAAUUACGCAAACUACGUCGGCACCCACUGGUGGAACAUCCAGGAAGCUUCCUUCAACUACGAUCCGAACGCGGAUCCGUCCGAGGUCGAUCACGAUGUCCUAUAUCGGGAGGGCCGGACGCUAACCCGCCAGACGACCUACACCCCGCGACUGCUGCUGGUGGAUCUCAAGGGAACGCUGAAGUUUAUGCCAGAAGAGGGGGAACUUUAUCAGCAGCGGACAAUCGAUGAGGAAGAGCUUGUGGCUGGGAUUGGAUGGGAUUCCGGUAAGGUGGAAGUGAUCAAGAAGGACCCAGUGGGCAAAAGUGAGUACCAACGCGAUUUGGGGGAAGGUGCGAAGGAUGAGGGUGGUGACGAGGAGGAGAAGGAGAAGGAUUAUAACUUUAAGGACACGGUUCAGGAUUGGAUCGAUUUCAGCUAUUCGAGGUUUCAUCCGAGAAGUAUUAACAUGGUGAAUGAGUAUAGCCAUUCCAAGGAAGAGAAUCUGUUCGACACGAUAACCAAUGGGAUGGAGCUGUGGAGGAACUGCGACUUCCAGGAUGAAAUAACGGACAAGGUGCGGCAAUAUGUGGAGGAAUGCGACGGGUGCCAAGGAUUCCAGACGCUGUUCGAUUGUGUGGACGGAUUUGCCGGCUUGGGAGUGAAAUGCCUGGAACACCUGCAGGAUGAGUACGGAAAGGCUAGUUUGGUGUUCCCGCUGAUACCUCCCAGGAUGUUGAAUUUCAAGAACGCCGAUGAGACGAUGACUACAUCGAUUCGAGUGGUCAAUACGGCGCUUUGCUUCUCCAAUCUUAUAGAAUCCUGUUCGCUGUUUGUGCCCUUGUCCACCAUGGGUCGCUGCUGGCGAAACCUGGAUCAACCUCGAUCUUUCCCUCUUGUGUGCUAUGAAGAAUCAAACUUGUACCAGACGUCGGCUUUGUUGGCAACAUUCUUGGACACUGUAUCACUACGGUAUCGCAUGAAGAAUCCCUCACAAGGAAACUACCUUCCUAGCUUGUGCGCGGAUAUUAGCCCCUACGGACGCAAAAUGGCAGCCGCUGGCCUGGCUUUGCCUUUCGGGAUGACCAGCUCCGAAGACCUGAUCGAUUUCCUCGACAAGCACCAACAAAACCUCCACACUCAGUUGACCCCGAACGUCUCAGUUGGGAACAAGUAUCUCUUCCAGUCGGUUUCGGUCCGCGGGAUUCCCCGGAACAAGCUGAAGCGACCUCCGACGGCCAAAUCGGCCCAAAGGCAGCAGCGCAUGGCGGCCUAUCGGUGCGAUUCGGUGAGCGAAAUGGUGCAGUUCUACUACCAGUGCCAACUGCAUGCAAGCAUGUCGCACGUGACGGCUUGCGGUGCCCCGAUGGACUUGCGGACGCCCUAUCCCAACGAAGUGCUGCAAUCGCGCGUGGGCUUCGAUGGUUUCCUGCACGACUUCGACCUCGGCGUCAAACAAAAAGUAAUUUCCACUCCUACGCUGGCGACGAUCCAGUCAUCCGGCGAUUUGGCGGACAGUUUGGACAGCCUGCAUCGCGAAGUGAAUCGUAUCAAAAUUGCUAAAAUUUCACGCUUUGCCGAGAGCGGACUCGAACUGGAGGACUACAAGGAGAGCCUCGAGCGAUUGUUGGACUUCAAGGAGAAGUAUGACGACAAUUACGAGCUCUGAAAAGCUACGUUCCUUGUAAGUGAAUCAAAAGCUUUAGUUUGUGAAAAAAAAGGUUAAUUGUGUCGAUAGAGAA